AUGUUGUCUGCUGUCGUAGGAAAAGCCGCUACGUCCACUCGUCUAACUGUCAAGGCAGUACGUGCCGCCAGCUCGUUCCGCAUCGAGACAGAUUCGAUUGGAGAAGUUAAGGUCGAUGACUCCAAGUAUUGGGGCGCACAGACGCAGCGCAGUCUUGAGAAUUUUCCAAUUGGUGGCGCUCGUGAGCGUAUGCCCAUGCCUGUAAUUAAGGCCUUUGGCGUUGUCAAAAAGUGUGCAGCCAAGUAUAAUCUUGAAAAGGGCAAACUAGAUGCAGCAGUCGCUGAGAAGAUUAUUGCUGCGGCUGAUGACGUCAUUGCCGGCAAGCUGGAUGACCAUUUUCCGCUUGUGGUCUUUCAGACGGGCUCAGGCACCCAAUCUAACAUGAACACGAAUGAGGUUAUUAGCAACCGCGCCAUUGAAUUGGCUGGUGGCGUAUUGGGCAGCAAGACGCCUGUACAUCCGAAUGAUCACGUGAACAUGGGUCAAUCUUCGAAUGACUCGUUUCCCACGGCCAUGCACAUUGCUGCAGUGCAAGAGAUCCACCGUGUUUUGCUUCCUGGACUCUACAAACUACAUGACGCUCUGGACGCUAAAGUGAAAGAGUUCGACGACAUUAUCAAAAUCGGACGCACUCACACCCAGGACGCGACACCACUCACUCUCGGACAAGAGUUCUCGGGCUACCGCGAACAAAUCGCUGUCUCUAUUGAGCGUGUGAAACGGAUUCUUCCCAACUUGUGCAAGUUAGCGCUCGGUGGAACGGCUGUGGGCACGGGAUUGAACACGUCAAGGGGCUACGACAUUGAGAUCGCCAAGAUUAUUGCUGAAGAGACAAAGCUCCCGUUCAUUACGGCUCCUAACAAGUUUGAGGCGCUUGCUGCCCACGACGCCGUUGUGGAGGCCAGCGGUGUGAUGAACACCAUCGCCUGUUCCCUCAUGAAGAUCGCUAAUGAUAUUCGCUUUCUCGGUUCCGGCCCGCGCAGUGGUCUGGGAGAGCUGACGCUACCAGCCAACGAGCCUGGUUCGUCCAUUAUGCCUGGCAAGGUAAACCCCACGCAAUGCGAGGCCAUCACGAUGGUGUGCGCGCAGGUCAUGGGCAACCACGUCGCUGUGACUGUGGGUGGCUCGAACGGCCACUUUGAGCUGAACGUGUUCAAGCCCGUGAUGAUCAGCAACUUGCUGUCCUCCAUUCGCCUGAUUGGCGAUAGCUGUAACGCGUUCACGGACAAUUGCGUAGUGAGCAUUGAGGCCAACCGUGAAAAGAUUGACCAGCUGAUGAAGAACUCGCUCAUGCUCGUCACGGCGCUAAACCCGCACAUUGGCUACGAUAAAGCCUCCAAGGUGGCUAAGAAGGCACACCAGGACGGCGCAACCUUACGCGAGACCGUCAUUGCGCUGGGUUACCUGACUGGUGAGGAGUUUGACCGUUUUGUGCGUCCCGAAGAGAUGAUUGGCCCCAAGUAG